AUGGCUCGGCUGCGGCGCCCCGAUUCCUUCGAGGACCUCCGUGGCCAAGGGCUCUUCCGCGCUGUCUCCGCCUCGCAGCUGCUUGCCGGGCAGGCGGCGAUCCUCGAGUACGGAUUGGUUGGGGUGAUGGGCGGGGCCGGCAUGGCCUACGCGCGGAUCCCGACGAGGGAGCAAGUGCAAGAAGCAGGCAGAAUCCUCUUCGAUGCCACCGCAGAAGUGGAGCAGGUGGAUGUUUUCAUUAGCCACACCUGGGGCUCUGGCCGUUGGGCCAAGUUCCUGGGGCUUUGCCUGUACCUGAACCUGGGAAGAGCCAUCAAGACCUCCUUGGCUGUUUGGAUCUUGGCUAUUGGCACGCUGAUUGCAGUGGGAGGUCUCCAGGGCUAUGGUGGGAGCCGGCUCUUGUUUCCGGUCCUUGUCUGCCUUCCAGCGGCCAUCUUCUUCUGGGUGCUCCUUCGUGGCCAUUUCACGCCAUGCGAAGUGAGCUCCACAUCGCUAUGGCUCGACAAGCUCUGCAUCCACCAAACCGACGAGGAGCUAAAGCAGCGGCAGCUUGCGGCCCUCCCAAUCUUCGUGGCCAGGUCCUCUCGCAUGCUGGUGCUGUGGGACGAGAUGUACUUUGAGCGUCUGUGGUGCCACGUGGAGUUGGCAACCUUUGCCAAGCACGGGGACCAGCACAAACUGGAUUUUCAACCCUUGUGGCUUGCGCCAUGGCUGGUCACCUGCCUGACCCUGGAGCUCCUCAGCGCCAUCGUCGCGGAGCUUUGCGUGCUUGUGAGCCCAACCACCUCGAACACCGGGGAGCUCAAAGAGUUCUUCGAGGGGUUUUUUGCAGAUCCCAGAACUGUCACGUUCUGGAUCUACUGCUCCUUGUGGUUGGCUUCCUCGGCGAUCAUCUACCUGCCAAUCAUGAUUCCCUGCUUCCUCUCAUGUCAGAGAAAGCUGCAGCAACACCAAGUGAUGCUGCACCAGAUCGCGACGUUCGAUAUCAAGGACGCAAAAUGCUCUCUGGCGGAAGACCGGCUCUUACUUGAGCAACAGGUGCAAGAGCUCUUUUGCACCCACGGCAUGGAGGCAGAGGCGGAGACAGCGACGAUCCAAGUGGAUGAGCCUGAGCCGGACAGCUCAGCUCACAGGGCCGAGGAGUGGGAGCCGGUGACCCACGCCGUCGUGCCGAGAGGGGUACACGGAGACGCACUGCAUCGGUUCAAUGCCUACGUAAGGGGUCCACUUCACGACGCGGUGUUAGAGCAGAUGGGAAGCGAGCUUUAUAUCCCCUGGCACAUCUGCAUGGCUGCUCUGUUGCCAGACGUCCUCUACUCUGCAGUGAACAUCCUCGGCUGUGACAACGGCACCUGCCAAACCUCGGCGGCCGAAGCGGGCUUUGCCUCGGUGGAAGGCUACAUGGCCACGCAGCUCCUGGCUUGGAUUCUCUGCUUGAUGCUCUCGAUACCAAUCUCCUACCCAGCUCUGCUGCAUAUGAUCCAGUUGGCGAUGAAGAUCGGCGCUGGACCCCUACAAAGCUUGGUGGCCAUGCUGUGCUGCCCCCUGGCCUAUGCCUACUCCAACGCCUGCAGCGGCGUCAUCUGGGGCUGCCUCUACUGCCUGGCCUUGGACUACUCCCAAGCUUGGCUCACCGGAUUCCUCCUCUUUCUUGCUUUGCUCACCCUGCACUUCUGGCUGCUCUUCCUGAGGCAGGAAGGCCAGGAGAGAAGCGCAGCAUCCUGCAGGUGUGUCCGGCGUCAGGUAAACACCUUGCCGAGAGUUUCAGAACACACUUCCUUGCUGUGA